AUGAAGUUCUCAGCGUUGCAGCAGAGCUACCUUAACCGCCGUAGCAACAGCUCCAGAGGACCGUCCACGUUGGACUCCUCCGGCGAAGACUCCGGCAAUUCGCCGACCUCAACUUUCUGGCUUCUACUCCAUGCUGUGUUCUGCCUCAUCAGCCUACUCCUUGGUUUCCGCUUCUCUCGCCUCGUCUUCUUGUUCCUCUUCUCAGCUUCCUCCACCAACCUCUACCCCAUUCCGUUCCGCGGCGGCGAAAUCUCCCGUCCACUCAUCGUGUAUUCCUCCCUUGCCGCGAAUCCGAUCAAGAACCUCGAGAAUCCAGCGAACAGAACUGCCGUAGCCGGUGAUUCAACCGGCAGCCGCGUGGUCGUGGGGCGCCAAUGGAUCCCGAUUCGACCGUGGCCGCAUCCGAAACCGGAGGAGGUGAUAAAGGCUCACAGGAUAAUUGAGAGAGUUCAAAAAGAGCAGAGAGCGCUGUUCGGAGUGAAGAACCGUAGGACAGUGAUUGCAGUCACCCCGACCUACGAUCGAACGUUCCAGAAGCUUCAUUUGACCGGCGUUAUGCACUCGCUGAUGCUUGUGCCAUAUGAUGUGGUGUGGAUCGUGGUGGAGGCCGGAAGAGUCACCAAUGAAACUGCUUCCAUUGUUGCCAAGUCAGGGCUCAGAACCAUCCACGUUGGAUUCAUUCACCGGAUGCCGAUUUCGUGGGACGCUAGGCAUAAAUUGGAGACUCGGAUGCGGCUUCAUGCUUUGAGAAUUGUGAGACAAGAGAAACUGGAUGGAAUUGUGAUGUUUGCAGAUGAUAGCAAUAUGCAUAGCAUGGAGCUGUUUGAUGAAAUUCAAAGUGUGAAAUGGAUGGGUGCAGUUUCAGUUGGAAUUCUUGUUCAUUCGGCUCACAGGGAUGAAUCGUCAUCCUUACACUUUGAGGAGGAGGACCCACCCAUGCCUGUGCAGGGUCCUGCUUGUAAUGUUACCAAUAAUUUGGUUGGGUGGCAUACCUUUAAUUCGUUACAAUACAAAGGAAGAAAUGCAGUUUACAUAGAUGACCUGGCUCCCGUGCUUCCCAGAAAGUUAGAAUGGGCUGGGUUUGUGUUGAAUUCCAGGUUGCUUUGGAAGGAUCUUGACGACAAGCCUGACUGGAUUAAAGAUUUUGAAGCAUUGGAUGGGGAUGGUGAAGUAGAGAGUCCAUUGUCUCUGCUCAGAGACACUUAUGUGGUAGAACCACUUGGGAGUUGUGGACGCCAUGUUAUGCUUUGGUGGCUGCGGGUUGAAGCUCGCUCAGACAGCAAAUUUCCUGCUCAAUGGACAAUUGACCGUCCUCUAGACAUCACGGUUCCGGCAAAACGCACUCCAUGGCCAGAUGCACCUCCUGUGCUCUCAAUCAAUGGAAAAGUGCUAAUUGGCACACAAGAACAAACGAGCAAACAUUCUACAAAGGGUAAAACAUCUAGAUCCAGACACACUCAAAGUAAAAGAAAGUAUGACACCGAAAAUAGGUGA